AUCGAUUCGGGUCUUUUUUCACCGAUUCGUAAUUUUUAACACGGAACCGGUUCCGGGUUUUCCAUUGGUUCUAAUCGGCAGAGGGGCGCCUUUUUUUCAAAAAUCCCGGAAAGCGUCGAUGCCGACGUACACACACCGGUCACGACCAGGCGAGGGGCCCGAGGAAUACCACAGCAGACGCGAUAAACCCACACUAUGAACAACAACGCUGUAGCAGCGGCAGGCCGGCCAUCUAGAUCGAAAUCGGUGCCUCUGAGACUGCAGGAUGCAGGUGAAAGUGGUGCUGCUGCUGGGCAUGGGGUCGCCCAGACCGCGCCUGCUGGCGCGGCACAGCGGGCACCGAGCGGCAUGGCCCGCCAGGCCGUUCACAGCAGGGUUACCCCCCAUGCCGGUACACAACAGGGGGUGCCACCUGGCGCGGUGAUGAUGCCGGGCUUCUCGGACGACGCUGAUCGGCAAGCUCGUCAGGCGGCCUUAGUAAAGGUUCUGAACGACAAGCAAUUUGGCGACGCCCCACAAAAAAGUUGGACUGANUCGUUGGGCAGGGGCGUCACCCGCGGCGGGAGCUUAAAGUUUUCACGGGUGUGUUCUGGAGGGUACUCACAUACCUGUACCGGGGGUAAUUACCCUCUGUAA